AUGUCGUAUGACGUGGAAGAGGAUGAGGAAGAUGAGUCUGAGGUGCCACGCUUGUCCUUCGGCAACCGCUUGGCACUUUCCGGAGUGCUUUCCUCUGGGUAUCGAAAACUUGGGAUGCUCAUCGAGCACUUGGAAACCCGAACUUGGGAGAUGCAGAUCAUGGGCGGUGAUCAACGCAUCACAGCCGAUUGGGUGCUGAAGGAGAUUGACCGAUUCGCCCAGGGCCUGGGCAAAUGGCUGAAGGUGGCCGGGGAUGACAAAGCUGAAAUCCUGCAGCACAGUAUCGGCAGUCGGCCCUUGACCGAGCACAAGACCAUGGUGGAGUUCGGGAGCUUCGUAGGCUACACCGCCACCCGCAUGGGGCGCGCAGUGGAGCGAAGCUAUGAGAAGGGGUUCGCUGAGGGCUCCAUCCUCUUCGAGGAUUCCCGGCUGCAGGGAGCCAACCGGAUCACUUCCAUGGAGAUUGACCCGGUGCACGCCUGCAUUGCAAGGCAUGUACUUGACAUGAGUCGACUCUCCCACAUUGUGGAAGUCUGGAUCGGUCAGGUGAAAGACCUGAUCCCCAGGCUCACUGAGGAGCAUGGGGAUAUGAGCUUAAAUAUGGUCUUCAUGGAUCAGCGUGGUACUACCUUCCACGACGAUUUGUCACAGCUGGAAGAGCUGGGAUUGAUGUUUCCCAACUGCAGAAUUGUGGCUGACAACUGCGUGAAGCCGGGCUCUCCGGUGUAUUGUUGGCACACGACCGUCAGUGAGAGGUACAAGACCACGAACUACAGUCUGAACGAGUUCCUCGAGUCAACCAUCGAGGACUGGCAGGUGGUUUGUGACUACUUGGGUCCACUGGCGGGUGGCCAUCAGCGCCCCAUGCCUUGGGAGGAAGCAGGUGACGGCGGCGAGCCGUGGCGUUCCUAUCCCAUCCGCGACUUGUGAAAAUGGCUUUUUUUAGACGGCCGGAUGUUGAGUCAUUG